GUCAUGCCCUCCUCCCCGCUCAGGGUGGCUGUGGUCUGUAUGAGUAACACGAACAGGAGCAUGGAAGCCCACCGCAUCCUCAGGAACAAAGGGUUCACUGUGAGAUCUUUUGGAGCAGGAUCCCACGUGAGAUUCCCAAGACUGUCACCCAACCAACCAGUGGUUUAUGAUUUUUCAACAUCAUAUAAGAAGAUGUGCAAAGACCUUUCCUGUAUAGAUGGAAAAUACUACAAAAGAAAUGGCGUCUUACAUAUCUUGAAAAGAAAUGAGAGAAUCAAGCCUUACCCAGAAAGAUUUCAAGAGUGCAGAGAUCCCUUUGAUGUCAUCUUCACCUGUUCAGAGAGAGCCUAUAACAGAGUGGUGGCAGAUCUGUGUGCCAGAGAUCAGGAGACCUGGCGGCCAGUGCAUGUGAUCAAUGUGGACAUAGAGGACACCCUGGAGGAUGCCACCCUGGGAGCUUCCAUUAUCUGUGAGCUCUGCCAAGGUCUGCAGCAGGCAGACAACAUGGAAAGCAGUCUGGCUCAGCUGCUCCAGACAGCGAAGGAGAAAACAGGAAGGAGCUUCCUGCACACGGUCUGCUUCUACUGA